AACUGUAUUUCUGCACAAAACAAUUCCAUGGUACGAUUCUCCAUUAAAUUAAAUUUGUGAGUGUAAGACUAUCAACAAACUUACAACCAAGCCAUGCUCUGCGUGUUUGCUUUAAGCUUUAAUUUAUGCAGGCCAUGACACAGCGCUGACAAGGUUAUAUGGCCUGCGUCUGUGUCUUUAAAGGUUGUAUAUUAACAUGGUGACAUAGAAAGAACAGGUGAGUAGCGCUUAGAGGAAAGUUGAAAGAGGAGAAGACUUUCGCACAGGAUUUAUUUUUUCUUCAAAGCCUUGGUGGAUCAGGCAAAGCUUUAAUCAAGGCGAUCAUAAGUUAAGAGUUUUCCGAGUGUUUUGGUGACUUUACUGAACUGGAUUCAGGAUCGGUGGAUACCAUGGACUCUCUUUAACGGCUAAAAAACAGAAGCACUCACCUCGGAGCUGAGAAUGGGCUCGGGAAGCUGGUUACUGUGUUUGUUCAUCUUUGGAAUUCUUGUGGCAUCGUGUCCUAGUGUUGGACAAUGUGGGAGUGGGAUUACAAUCAACGUUAUACUGUUGGAUGAUGAGGACUCUCCCUGGAGCCUCCAGUAUGUGGAAGGAGAAAUACUGAAGGCCAUAGAGAAAGAUUCAGCCAUUAAUGCUGCCCAGGAUCCAGCUGUGACUUUUAACCUAACUGCGAAUUUCAGUGGGUUUGACACAACCUUAUACUGGCACCGAGGCUGCCGGAGCAGUUCAUGUGAAGCAGUUGCAGAGCUAAACAACCUGACGGAAUCAGGAAAUCUGGGAUGUGCUGUGCUUGGACCCACGUGCACCUAUGCUACUUUCCCAAUAGUUGAUAAGGAAGCCGGUAUGAGUCUCAGUAGACCCAUUCUCUCAGCGGGAAGCUUUGGUCGCUCGUGCGACUACACCUUCAACUUGCAGCGACUCCUGCCACCUGCACGCAAGAUCGCUGACUUUGUCAACCACUUCUGGGAACAAAACAAUGAGCUCAAACCUUCAUGGAAGGCAGCGUAUAUUUAUAAAACAACGAACCCCACAGAGGAAUGCAUUUGGUAUGUAAGUGCAAUUGAAGCGACGGUGGAACCGCUUGCCUUAAAUAUUUCAAUAACGCCUCUACGCAGUCCCACAGAACUGCACAGCGUGCUUACAUUACGCAACAGGACAUCCAACUUGUUCAUCAUGUGUGGAUCACCAAUGGACCUAGUGGAAAUUAAAAACGGCUCUAAGGCUGCGGACAGCAGUGAUAUCGCCUUCAUCCUCAUUGAUCUUUACAGUGAUGUAUACUACACCAACACAUCGUCGCUGCCAGAAAUGAAGAACGUGUUGGUGCUCACCAUGCCGAACACCCGAAGCUACAGAAUCAACCCAGACCUUAAAGACAACAACACGAUGAACGACUACAUGGCCGCGUACCAUGACGCAGUGCUCUUUAUUGGCCAAGUGAUGAGAACAAUUUCUAAACAAAAUCAGUCUCAGCUUCACAGGGCGGAAUAUGUGAAUGUAAAUUACUUCAGAAACACCAAAUUUACUGGGAUUGCUGGGAAUUAUACGCUGGACGAGUACGGGGACAGAGACGUGGCUUUCUCAAUCAUCUACACCACUACUGACAACAAGUACGAUAUUUUAUUCACAUUUGACACGGAGCGCAAUAAAACCACAGUGGUGGAGGAGGCUCCUAAGUUCAUCUGGGGGAAAAGACUUCCCAAUAACAUGCCAGACAGCGGCCCUGCAAUUCGCAACAUCAUUAUAAUUGUGUUGGCUGUUACUGUGGUCGUAGUGGCCACGAUCGCCUUUAUUUUCUACAGACAGAACAGAAGAGAUCGACUGCUCAGGAAGCGCUGGUCCCACGUGAACUCUGAUCUCAUCACGCUGAUGGAAAAUGAUGACAUCAACGUCAUCUCCCUUAAUAUUGAAAGUAAGAAGAAAAAGAAGUUCAAGAUCCGCUGUGCGCUCUACGAUAAGAAGAUUGUGAUCUUGAAGGAGCUGAAGAACUCGGAUGGGAACUUUGAUAAAACCCAGAAAAGGGAGCUCAAUGCGCUAUUGCACAUCGACUACUACAACCUCACAAAGUUUUACGGCACAGUCAAGUUAGAUCACGGUGUCUUUGGCGUGUUUGAGUAUGGCGAGCGAGGCUCGCUCAGGUAUGUGCUGAAUGACAAGAUUUCAUACCCAGAGGAGACCUUCAUGGACUGGGAGUUCAAGAUCUCUGUCAUGUACGACAUCGCCAAGGGCAUGUCUUACCUCCAUGCCAGUGACAUUCAGGUUCACGGUCGCCUCAAAUCCACCAACUGUGUGGUGGACAACCGCAUGGUGGUGAAGAUCACAGACUUUGGCUGCAAUGCUUUUCUUAGCCCCUUCCAAGGUGACGCCGCAAACAAAAAUCCUCCUGAAAUAUCUUUUUGUUCUCUUCUUUACCUGCUAACGUUUGUCUGUCUCCACAUCAUCCUGUCAGACUUGUGGACAGCUCCGGAGCAUCUGAGGAACGAGGGCACGUCUCAGAAAGGAGACGUCUACAGUUUUGCCAUCAUUGCGCAAGAGAUUGUUCUCAGGAAGAACACCUUCUACACUGAAUCCUGCUCCGACCGAUCAGAAAAACUGUCCAGGCUCAAGUCAUCCUACUUCAGACCUGAUCUUAACUUUGAGACGGCUUCAGAGAAAGAAUUAGAGGUGUACGCGUUGAUAAAAAGCUGCUGGGACGAGGACCCAGAAAAAAGACCUGACUUUAAGAAAGUGGAAAUUUAUCUGGGGAAAAUCAUCAGUAAAAUCCAUAAUCAGGAAAAUGAGAGCUACUUGGAUAACAUGAUCAGACGGCUGCAGAUGUAUUCCAGAAACCUGGAGUACCUGGUGGAAGAGAGAACGGCCCUCUACAAAGCUGAGAGGGAUCGAGCUGACAAUCUUAACUUUAUGCUGCUGCCUGGCCCGGUGGUUAAAAGCCUGAAGGAGACCGGGGCUGUGGAGCCAGAGCUGUACGAUGAAGUUACAAUAUAUUUCAGUGACAUAGUUGGCUUCACCACUCUGUGCCAGUACAGCACGCCGAUGGAAGUUGUGGACAUGCUUAACGACAUCUACAAGGGGUUUGACAGCAUCGUCGACCACCACGAUGUGUACAAGGUGGAGACAAUAGGGGAUGCCUACAUGGUUGCUUCUGGUCUUCCAAAGAGAAACGGGAACAGGCAUGCAGUGGAUAUUUGCCGCAUGGCGCUGGACAUCUUGGCAUUCAUGGGCACCUUCCAGCUCCGGCAUCUUCCCGGUAUUCCUGUGUGGAUACGAAUCGGUGUACACUCAGGUCCCUGUGCGGCGGGCGUCGUGGGAAUAAAGAUGCCCAGAUAUUGUUUAUUCGGAGACACGGUCAACACAGCAUCUCGUAUGGAAUCUACAGGACACCCCCUGCGGAUCCAUGUCAGUCAGCCUACCAUAGAUAUCCUGGAGAGAACAAACUGCAAGUUUGAGUAUGAGAUGAGAGGGGAAACAUACCUGAAGGUAAAGGGUAAAGGCACAGAAACAACUUACUGGUUGACAGGUGAAACUGGUGAAGACUACGAUCUUCCUACUCCACCCACAACUGAAAACGUCCAGCGGCUCCAGCAGGACCUCGCCCACAUGACCUUGACGUGUUUGGAGCGUCGCUCGCGAGGUUCCGUGCGAAGGAAGAAGCUGCUACCAAGUCAGAGCAAGGAGGACACCAGCGACCAGGGGUCAGAGGUCGAGUCUGAGAGCAGCCUUCCCGAGUACCUGCAUCUAGCCACUGUGGAUAACACACUCAGUACCUUCCUGUAGAGCAUGCUGUAACUAUUUGCCUGUUAUUGCAUAUAGAGCAGGAAAUCAAGCAUAGAAAAAUGAGGAAUUAAAAGUCCUGCGUCUAAAGACCUCAAAUAUUCACGCAUUAUUUCCUGCCAUCAUUUUGGGUGGUUGGAAACGGCGGGUGGAAACUUUGUACUAUGUAAUUGAUGUUAUUUUUUACCCACUCAAGUGUCAUAGCUGAAAGCCAAAACCUUAGAUUUGUUCAGUGCAGAUUUUUUUCUAUAACCAGUUGGGGGGUUUUGUUAUCCUCCGUCAAAAGAAAAACGGUCAAAAAGGGCAUUUUAGGCCAACUUUGAAGGUCAGGUACUCUGCUAAAACAAGAUUUAGCAUAUUCAAGGAUUCAUUUUUAUCCAAAUUUUGAUUCCAGGCUCAGCUUCUAGCUCUUUUUCCUUUUAUGCCAAAAUUAUUUUUUGCUACAUCUGUAUUUUUACACCUGUGAAUGUGUAAUAAUAUGGUUCAGAAAUUGAUCUACAUACAUCUAUAAAAUAGUGUGGAAACCCAAACUGAAGUUAUGAGAAAAAUAAAUAAAUAAAUAAAUAAAAGCACAAAAUUUCAGCACCAGUUAUAUCACAAAAAACAAACAAACCCAAACACAGCUGAUGCUCAUGUGGUCAGGUGGCAGCGUUUUUGGAUUUGAUUCACUUACUAUGGAAUGAGCCAGCCGCAGCACCCUCACAUGCCAGUGCAGAUGCUGCUAAUGGCCUGUUCAACUAACAAAACACAGGAACACGAUAAGAACAGAAGAGGCCGUUUUGCACAGACAGAAAUGCAGGUUCGCCCUUUUUGUGCAUUGUACAGUUUGGAAAAGGUUUUAGAACUACAGUAAUACAGUUAAUGUAUUUGUAAUAUAUCCUGUUGUUUUUGUCAUUAAUGUUCAUUGAUUGUUUCUGCUGCUUAGCUUAAAACUGGGUUAUUCUAUUUAUGUACAGCGCUUAAUGUGUAUUUGUUUCCACAUUUGUCAGCCAGUAGGUAAAUUAUAGGUCUCAUAAAUAUCUAUAGACAAUGCUUAUAAAAGUCACAACUCAGCACCAUCUGCAUUUAUUACUUUAACCAAAUGACGGCCAGUUUUUGACUCCGUAUACAUCUCAUGUCAUGCAGAGGAGGCUGUAUUGAGGAAGCUCAGGGAGGAAGAUGCUGCACUGCAGGCCCUUGAAAAAGUGCCUUUGUUAUUGUAUAGAGCAGCGGUCCCCAACCUUUUUUGCACCACGGACCGGUUUAAUGUCUGACAGU